CCGAGCUCGGGGGCGGGGCCUUGUGCUCUGGUGGUGUCUGGUCUCCCUUGGCGAACCUUUGGUGCACCUUCGCCUAGUGCAGGGCCUGAGGAGACGAGGUGUUGUCACGGUGACAGGUUUAGGCCACGUUGCUCCCGAGUCGCGUGAGUGACCAGGCCAAAGUGGGGCGGAGGCAGGGCUCAGUGCGACUGCCAUUCGCUGGUGCCAUGGCUGUGGGAUUCUGAGAAGCCAGAUGCCCCUAGGUCUCAGGCGCAGGUUUGUUCUCAUGAACAAGAUGGAUGACCUCAACCUGCACUACCGGUUUCUGAAUUGGCGCCGGCGGAUCCGGGAGAUUCGAGAGGUCCGGGCUUUCCGCUAUCAGGAGAGGUUCAAACAUAUCCUUGUAGAUGGAGAUACUUUGAGUUACCAUGGAAACUCUGGUGAAGUUGGCUGCUACGUGGCUUCCCGACCCUUGACCAAGGACAGCAAUUAUUUUGAGGUGUCUAUCGUGGACAGUGGUGUCCGGGGCACCAUUGCUGUGGGGCUGGUCCCUCAGUACUAUAGUUUGGAUCACCAACCUGGCUGGUUGCCGGACUCUGUCGCCUACCAUGCUGAUGAUGGCAAGCUAUACAAUGGCCGAGCCAAGGGCCGCCAGUUUGGGUCAAAGUGCAACUCUGGGGACCGGAUUGGUUGUGGCAUUGAGCCUGUAUCCUUUGAUGUGCAGACUGCCCAGAUCUUCUUCACCAAAAAUGGGAAGCGGGUGGGUUCCACCAUCAUGCCCAUGUCCCCAGACGGGCUGUUUCCAGCAGUUGGCAUGCAUUCCAUGGGUGAGGAGGUGCGACUGCACCUCAAUGCUGAGUUGGGCCAUGAGGACGACAGUGUCAUGAUGGUAGACAGUUAUGAGGAUGAAUGGGGCCGGCUGCAUGAUGUCAGAGUCUGCGGGACACUGCUGGAGUACUUGGGCAAGGGCAAGAGCAUCGUGGAUGUGGGGCUGGCCCAGGCCCGCCACCCGCUGAGCACCCGCAGCCACUACUUUGAGGUAGAGAUUGUGGACCCUGGAGAGAAAUGCUACAUUGCCUUGGGCCUGGCCCGAAAGGAUUAUCCCAAAAACAGGCACCCUGGCUGGAGCAGAGGGUCUGUGGCUUAUCAUGCAGAUGAUGGGAAGAUCUUUCAUGGCAGUGGUGUGGGGGACCCCUUUGGACCACGCUGUUACAAAGGGGACAUUAUGGGCUGCGGAAUCAUGUUCCCCCGAGACUAUAUCCUGGACAGUGAGGGGGAUAGUGAUGACAGUUGUGACACAGUGAUCCUGUCCCCAACGGCCCGGGCUGUCCGGAAUGUUCGGAAUGUCAUGUACCUGCACCAGGAAGGGGAAGAGGAAGAGGAAGAAGAGGAAGAGGAAGAAGAUGGGGAAGAGAUAGAACAGGAGCAUGAGGGCAAGAAGGUGGUGGUUUUUUUUCACCCGGAAUGGCAAGAUCAUUGGGAAGAAGGAUGCUGUUGUACCUUCUGGAGGCUUCUUCCCCACCAUUGGAAUGUUGAGCUGCGGGGAGAAAGUCAAAGUAGACCUGCAUCCCUUGAGUGGCUAGGGGCUUCCCCUUCAGAACCUCCCCUUCUUCCUCUGCAGGGCCAGGUGCCCAGUUCCUGACUUCCCCCAGGAUUGGUUACCCAGUGGGUCCUGGAGGGUGCGUGCUCUGCCCCUACCAGCCCAGGCCCUGUCAAACUCUGCCUUUCUGACCUGGUGCCACCUUCAUCAUCAGUUCCUGAGCCUGAGUCCCUGGUUGGACAGGAAUGGACCCAAAGAAUGGUGUUGAUAUAUUGGUGCAUCUCCCUUGCUUUGCCAUGGGCACCUGGAUGCCUCUUUUUCUCACUGGCCCCAUGUAAGUGGAGAGGAGUGAGCUCCCCACCCCCAGCUGCUAUUUGGGCAUCAGCUUUGCAGAGGCUGGAGGAGAGUCUUCUCUGUCCCCUCACCACAGUAUUUUUCCCUGAACUCUCCUCUCUUUUGUUCAUCGUGUGAACCAGUUGCUGCUGUCCUUCCCCCUGGCCGGACUAGGGGGCCACCCUUGGGCCAUCUUUCUCCUUUACUGGCUGCUGCCCCAGUCCUUCAGGGUCUCUAUUCUUUCCCUUGAGAGCUGGCUUCCCCAACCCCCGCCCAGUCAGGCACCAUCAUCCCACAGAGAGCCCAAGUCUCUGGCUCCCUGCCACCAACACACACCGAUGGUUUCCCAGUGUGUUUUUUGUUUUGUUUUGUUUUUUGGUACCGGGGAUCGAACUCGGGUCCUUGCGCUUGAGUAGCAGGCGGCGAAACCACUGAGCUAAAUCCCUGGCCCUUCCCAGUGUGUUUGCAAAGGGAGGGCUGUUUCUGUGAGGUGGUGUGGGACUGGGGCCUUUGCUCCUAUCUCUCUGUCCAGCCGUGGCACUGUUGUCCCUAACUCCCUGGGGUGAUGCUGAGGCUCUGGGGCAUGUCUCAUGCUGUGGUGAGCUGGCCCAAAGAGGCAGCUCGGCCCCUCGCUCCUCUUUUCCUGUCCUAUCUCUACCCACCCUGCACUCCAGCUUGCUGCUUGUUCCAGUUGCCUGUUUGCUUCAGUGUUUGAUGCUAGCACUUACAUAGACUCGUUUCUCCUUGUACCCCUUAACCCCUGAGCCCUCCUUGUAACAGUGACUUCUGCAGGGAGGAAGAGGGAGCAGGAGCUGUUGGCCUCAGUUUGCACAGAGUGGGUAGAGCCAGUGGGUGUGCCACGGUGCUGCUGGAGCGCCCGUGGCUGUCCCUUCAGGCCCUGCACUAUGAUGUAUGAAAUGUAUGUACAGAUGAGAGAUGUUUAUAGACCAAUAAAGACAGAGUUUGCAUAUUUA